UCCAACUGGCAGGCAGUACCGCUUUUGGGUCGGAGGCAGAAGGUCGUUUCAGAGCGCAGGGGGGCUACUUGGUGAACUACGGAAGUGAUAACGCGACUAAUCAGUCUUAAACGUUUUGCUGUAUACACUCAUCAUGUGUUGAUGGCCUCCCCCGUUUCCGGAAUAAGAUGAUAUUUCAAUGACAGUGAAUAGUUGUGAGUUUGGGAGAAUUUUCCGUCAGUAAUAUAGUGUUCUACGUAAUUUAACAAACCUGUGUGCUGUGUAAGUGACGUGAAGUGAUGUGGUUUGAGAUUACUGCUGCUGCUUCGUGAGAUUUACUGAAAUUGAACUGAGAGGACAGUGUCCAGUUCUUCCUGCAUAGAGCGUCUGGGCCCGGCACGGCGGUUCGUCCCGUGUCUGGCAUGGCGCAAUGUUGACCACAUGCCCAAACUGCCUCCACGUGUUCCACAACACCAGCAGCAGCAGCAGCAGCAACCUGCAGCACGAGCACCAGAGACUGAUACUGCAGUCACAACAACACUUCACAACACUGCCAUCAUCCUCAUCUCCUUCCGUUCACUUUACAACGCCAUGUUGCGACUCGAGCAGACCGCAGCAGCAGCAACCACUGCUGGUCUCCCUGCAUUUACCCCCCACAAAUGUGGCAACCACAUGCACGGUGGCUGUUUCCACGACAACCGGCUGCGAGCAACAUCUGAGUCAGCGUGUGCUUGCUGGCAUGACAGGAGGCGGUAUCGUCCAGAACAACACCGUCACCGACCCUCCAUCGUCUGUGAUCCUGCAACAAACCACGCAGGACGAGAAACUCGUCUUGCCCCCCUGUUCCCCACAACCAUCGCCGUCAGCCCCACUCUCGUUCGUUCUGCCACCAGCACAGAAUGUUUUCACAACCGCCAGAACUUCCACGCUGUUGCCUUUCCAAUGGACAGUGGCUACAUCGGCGGUGUCGUCCACAGUGACCACAAGCCCUGUUCAGAGUCCACAGCAGUGGACACUGCCGUCACCAACCACAACUCCCUGGGUUCUUGGCCUCCACAUGCCACAGACGCAACAAAUUCCGCAAGUCCCCCAGUCAGACACGGACUUGGUGCGGCUUGCAGCGACCUUGAGGGCGCUCAGGACUUCGGGAUGGUACUACGAGGGUCUCUCGUGGCAAGAGUCUGCGGAAGCACUGCAGUCAACUUCACCAGGGACAUUUCUGGUAAGAGAUUCGUCGGACCCAAGGUUCCUCUUCUCACUCAGCGUCCAGACGGAGAGGGGCCCUACCAGUGUGCGUCUCCACUAUGUCUGCGGUCAGUUCCGUCUGGACGCAGAACCAAGACUGGCCCCCCUGAUGCCUCUCUUCGAGUGCGUGGUGCGUCUGGUGGAGUACUACAUCGAAGCGACGAAAGACAGUGCGCGGUCCGAUGGUGGCGAAGGGGAACCACACACAAAGGGAAGCAAGGGAACUCUCCUGAGACACAAAGAGCAGGUGUGGGUGGACGCGAGAGGACACAUGUACUCUCAUAUCCUGCUCACGACACCCCUGUACAAGAAGCAGCAACUACCAUCUCUGCAGCAUCUUGCGCGGUUGGCAAUCAACAGGGGUCUGAAGGCUGCAGGACCACAGCAGUGUUCCUCAAGGGGUACCCACUCUGCUGUUGCAGCAACAUCGCAACUCCCCUUACCGACCCUGCUUUUGCAUUAUCUAAAGGAGUACCCAUAUUGUCACUGACGGGUCUUCGGCGACACAAAGAUGACAAUCAGAGCACGCGCGACAGGGGUGGGAUUCUACAGAGGGAUGCAGUAGUGAAUAGAAAAUUAUGUGAAGAAGGCCCAGGCAUGGCAGAACAUUUGCAACCAGACGGACUUCAGUUUUCUCCCGUAACACGUUUGUCUUCCAUGAAGGCUUUUAUAACAUUCGUCAGAUGUUAUGUUCCAUGUGUAAUUCUGCUGAUGGAAAUCUUCAAACCUCAGCGGACGAAAGACGAGCAAACUAAACAGAUAUAUCAGUUUGAACACGAGAGAAGCUACAGUAAAGUUCUCCAGCUAUCAGCAGAUUUCGGUUAUGUUUGUAAGUUGCUAAGGAAGAACUGUGGAUCUUUGCUUGCUGCUGAUAACAAUAACAACAAUAAUAAUUAUCGUAUCAACAGUGUCGUAUGUUGAAAAUGUGGUCAUAUAUAUAUUCUGAAAUGCUGAUAGUUUCGGGGCAACUAUAACUCACUGAUGAUGAUGAUGAUGAUGAGUAAUCAGUAAUUAUACUUAAACUCCCAUAAAGUAAUGUCUAUGCAUACGACGGUAAGUUGCUACGGGUUUUAAUAACACAAUAUUCAUUAUAAAAUAAAAUAGAAUUAAUUUAGUGCGUGUGUAUGUUUGUGUAUAAGGCAGAUGUUUAUAUGUCCAUAUUUAUUUUCCAUUUGUUUGUGUGGACCCGUGACAGAACAGGUUAAUGUAUGUAUGCUUAUAUCAUGUGAAAACAGCAACUGAAACCACAGCGCAAAUGUCUCUCAGCCACUGCAAUUGUUAUCCUCUUUAUAUUUUUGCACUGUUCCACGCUUCAUGUUGUUUACGAACGCUACACCAUGACGAGUAAUAAUUCCAUGAGUCAAAGCAGAAACGCACAUGUAACGCAGGGAAACAUAUUCAUUCUAAUUUGCACCUACAACCCCUGUCAGUAUAGGCACUCUGCAGCACAAUCGCCCGUAAGAAUAAAUGCACUGUAGUGUGUUGUAAUGAGUUUACAUUAAACGUAUGCCUAGUAUAUGAUUUCAACUCUUCAGGCUUAGCUGCUUCACAUGUUCCAAAGUUUCGGCAUAGAUUGUAGUUGACUUCUUCAGUGUGGGGGUGUAACACCAUAGCCCAAAGCUCAGCGCCACAACACAGGCGAACCAAGUGUCGUCCUCUAGGGGCAGAAUGUUAUACCAAUACGGUCUUUUGGGUUGUAAUACCGUGUAGUUUGGAGAGAGCCCGACGUUUCGAAAGAGCCACGCAAAACUCAGGCGGUACGCUGGGCCCGCUCUGAAGCCAUUCUCAGCUUACCGUCUGCUUCUGCCGGGUUCUUGCUUUGCUUGCUUAGAUCCUGAAAGUGGUGUCCAUAUGUCCCUCCGAAACGUCGGGCUGUCAACCAGAUACCGGUGUUUUGAGAAAGUUAAUCUUUAAUCCACCUGAAGAUGACAGUUACAGUAUACGCCGAAACGUCGGUACGUGAACAAAUUUAGAUAUUUCCGGUAUAGCGACCAGUCAGGCAGCAUUUUCACCGCACCCACACGGGACGACCCAGUUACAAGGGGUCACUGUUCUGUUCUAUACAGAUCAGUGCGAACAGACGAAAUAGAGAAAAUAUUGAUUUUAUUUACCGUCCUUUUCGUGUUGGGCGCCGGACGGAGAGGGAAAUAAACAUCAGAAGUAGAGUCGAGCGCGCGCUUUAUUGCAGUCCUAUUAUGGCUCCUGUUAUAAAUAUUAUCAUACGAAAUAGUUGAACAUUACGUGACAUUGUGCAUAAAACUUGUAAUCAGAACUGACUCGAAUCAGUGUUGCAGGCUGCCACAUUUAUUUAAACCCCAGGGGAGGACACUAAAUUCAGUGUAUAACAAGUGUGUUCAAACCUUGAAGUAUAAAUACUGCAGAUGUUGCGGGCGUGUUGCGUUCGAAUUCUUCUGUGUGUAUGCUACGCACGCAUGCGCGCGCACAGCACCCUGGCGGAGGAGGAGUUAUGUUUUGAAAAAGGUCCCUGAAAGUUAAUCGUUUUUAGGAAGCAGAAAAUAUAACAGAAACAGGCUGGAAGUCUGCUAUUCCUAAGUGCGGCCACCAGUAAUUCCUAUAGGUUGUUGUUUAUUUAACGACACUGACAGCGUUUAGACAAUACAGCACCAGAUGAUAGGAUAGUGGUGAAUAAUGAAUAGAACAGUAUCUGGAAGGAAGCGAUAUAAUCGGGGUACCGUCCCGGAAUUUUCCGGUACGAACUGAGGAAAAUAAGGAAAAAAUCAGGACAACCGGAGUAGUCGAGAUUCGAACUAGGCAACUCCCUAACACGAGUGUUAAGAGCGUUGCAUCAGUUUACCAGUUUCGUGAUCUGUCUGAAGAUAAAGAGUCAAAUCACAUACAAAGUUGUCCCCGUGCAUAAUUAAGCACCGCGCUGUGAAGACGUAUGGGGGAGUGGAAAUAUAGCUUUACCACUCCUGACCCUAGCACUGUAUGGAGGUUGAGUGGUCAGCUUCAUGUCCGUGUAACGUCACAUACCAAGAAACGCAGCCGGCUAUUUUCAUGUCGCGAAGCAAGGCGGUUCCUCAUGCAGACGUAUCGACUAGUUCCCUCCCGUGCCUGCUGCAGGUCCCCUUACUACCGCGCUUGGCUCUAUCGACUUGUGAUUCCUCGAAAUAAGUAAAGGUGGUAAGGUAUGUGCUGGUCGUUGUGAUCCUCUCCCGUAAAACCUUCAAGUAACUAGGUCAUGCAGCACUGCAGCGGUCGCUAGCACUUCUCGAGCGGAAAGCAAAAUCGAUUACAUUUCGAUGGCAAAUACUGGACACCUUCAGUUGCCAUAUCUCUUUGGACAGGCGUGCUGCAGGUCCAUGCUCAGUUAAGAAGAGCU